AUGUUUGCCUGGUAUCGCGACUCGAAAGUAUGCUAUGUGUACAUGGCCGGUGUCCCGUGCAUCUCGCAGGAUGACAGACAGUUCGGCAGCAGCAGAUGGUUCACACGUGGCUGGACCCUCCAGGAGCUUCUGGCCCCGACAAACGUUGUCUUCUAUGAUCAGUCAUGGUCAAUGAUUGGCAGCAAGGAUAUCUUGCUUCUGUGUGCCAUAUCCCAGAUCACCGGAAUUGAUAAGAAAUUCUUGAACGGAAUAUCUCAUCUGAGGGAGGCGAGCGUUGCUAAAAAGAUGUCUUGGCUGGCGCACCGGAAGACAACACGGACUGAGGAUAUCGCGUAUUGUGUAAUGGGAAUCUUCGAAAUCAACAUGCCCCUACUCUAUGGGGAAGGGGAAAAAGCCUUCACCAGACUCCAGGAGGAAAUUAUGCGAGUUUGCAAUGAUCACACCAUUUUCUGUUGGGAAUGGGACAACAGUGUCCCUGAAGAUUGGGGCGGUAUGCUGGCUCCAUCACCGCUUGUUUUCAGGCACUCAGCCAACUUUGUACCAUUGAAUCACGGUGAAAUGGAGCCAUAUUCCAUGACAAACCUCGGUCUCUCGAUAAGGUUGCCGGUCAUCUUCACAUUCUCGAGCGAUUUGUUCGUCAUCCUCGAAGCUAUCAAGUUUCCGGCAACCACUGCCAAGUUUGCCUGCAUCCGCAUUAGAUGCCCCAAACGUGGUAUUGUCACAGUUGACAGGGUUUCAUUUCCCCCUGAGCCAAUGCUUUUUAAAUUGAACGUCGUCAGGCCGCGGCGCAGCCUAUUUGCACGAACAGCAAAUUCGCCUCACUUUAGGAUAUAUGCCGAGCCCCCGAUUGAAUCUCGGUUUGGACUGCUCCUCGUCAUUGAUUGUCUGGAUUUUGUACAUCCUAACCCCAUAACGACGGAAUCGAUGAUCGAAACUAUCGUGAAUACUUGGCCUCCUGGCGUUUUUGAUGAGUCAAGGAAUCUACUUAUUAUACCACCAUCUACCGACUCCAAGUCCCGGUGCUGUCUCAUUUUAUUCGCCAACUGCCUAAGGACAGUCAUCAGUUUGAUAAAUACGCAACUAGACACAGCGUCAGCAGCUAUGACGCAGACUAUCCCUAAAGGGAACCACCAUGCUUUAUUAAUCGGCGUCAACGCCUACACAGAGAGGCCGCUUCAGGGCAGCGCCCAUGAUGUGCGAUGUAUCAAGGCCAUUUUCGAAGACAAAGUCAAUGCGGCCAAUGUCCAGCUUCUCACGGCUACAUUGGGAGAUGGCAACAAGCCAUUUGUUGAAAACAGGGAGGCUCUACCGACUGAGAGCAACAUCGUCGCCGCGUUCAACAAUAUUAUUCGAGAUGUAACGGCAGGAGACUAUGUGUACAUCCAUUACUCUGGCCAUGGCACGAUUGUGAGGCCCAGCGUGGACCCUGAAAAUGUGGUAUCGAACCAAUUUGCCGGAGACUUGGCGCUUGCUUUACUGCACGAUCAGAACCCCAUGAAGGUUCAGAUCCUGCCAGGCAAGAGUCUAGCCGAGCUCUUGAAUUGCAUGAUAGACCAUGGGCUCAUUCUGACAAUUGUUCUGGUCUGCCAUUUUUUCGCAGCCGUCUAUCGUGACGAUGAUGAGCCUCUUAGUCAGACGAAGCUGCUCAGUAUUCGAUGUCUUGAGCUUGUCGAAGCCUCUAACCAAGACCCUGCCUAUGUUGAAGACUACACCGCAGCCCUUGGUUCCGUGUCCGAAUACCGGGACGCUGAUAUGCUUUCGAAUUGGAUGCUCGAUCCAUCCAAGUACUCCAUGCUCGUCGCUGUCGACCCUGCGAGAUAG